CUGUUCACAUUGUAAAUCCUUAAAUAACACAAGCCUUCACUACUGUGGCUCAUUGUAAUUGGACUUUUUUUCCCUUUUAAGUCAUCAGGAGUGGAAAUUUCCCUGAGAUCAAGGGUCUGCAGUCAUCGCAUGGAAAACACCAGGAUUCUGAAUGUGACACACUUCUUCCAGACAAAUGGUCAGUCACGAGACAAGAUGCAGUGCAAUCUGAAACCAGAACUGAUAACCCUAAGGAAAGUAAUGAGAAAUUUAUCAAAACAACUGAACAAGAAAUACAUCUGCAAACUGAAGCAGGGCAAACACCAUGCAGCUGGCUUAAUCACAGCAACAAUGUAGCCUUUUGUAGUAGCAACUUAACUGAUCAGGUAAGUCACAGAUGGAAAAAGCAGACGACCUUGGCACCAAAUGAGCAAGUGCUCAAUGGAAAGAAACUGCGUAAAUGUGCCACAAAUGACAAGGGUUUUACACACCAACAAAAUGGAGGAGUAAGCAAGAUUAUUCCUACUGGGCAGCAGCCCUUUAAAUGCACCAUGUCUGACAAAAGUUUUACAGAAAAGUCUAAUGUGACAAAAGAUCAGUUUCCCCACAGUGAGAAAAGACUAUAUAAAUAUGCCACACAUCACAAGGACUUGAUCCCUAAUCAUUUGGCAGUUCUUCAGACUAUUGGCAAAAGACAGAAACCAUACAAGUAUGCCACACGUGGCAAGAAUUUUACAGAAAAAUCUACCAUGGUAAAACAUCACGAUAUUCAGAGUGUGAUCUCUCAAGAUAUUAAAAAACCUAAACACCUUGAAGAUGUUAAACAAGGGCAGAAACUUUAUAAAUGUACUACAUGUGAUAAAAGUUUUAGAUACAAAGUCACUAUGUUAAACCACCAGGGCAUUCACAUGGGGCAGAAGCCAUACAAGUGUAGUAUGUGUAACAAGAGUUUUAGUAACAACAGCAACAUGAGACGUCAUCAGAGUAUUCACAUGGAUCAGAAACCAUAUCCAUGCAUAAUCUGUGGCAAGAGCUUUGCACAGAAGAAUCACCUGGUGGCUCACCAGAGCAUCCACACUGGACAGAAGCCAUAUAAAUGUGACACAUGUAAUAAGGGUUUUACAGCUAAGAGAUGUCUGACAGUCCAUCAGAAUGCACAUGUAGGACAGAAGCCAUACAAAUGCACAAUGUGUGACAAAUGUUUCAGUGACAAAAGCAAUUUGAGACGUCAUCAGAGUAUUCAUACGGGGCAGAAACCAUAUAUGUGCAUAGUCUGUGGCAAGAGCUUUGCACAGAAGUAUCACUUUGUGGCUCACCAGAGCAUCCACAUUGGUAAGAAACCAUACAAAUGCCCAGAAUGUGAUGAGCAUUUUCGCUACAAAAGGACUAUGGUAAGUCAUCAGACCAUCCACACUGGUGAAAAACCCUAUAAAUGCACCAUAUGUGAGAAGAGUUUUAGUGACAGAAUCACUAUGCUGCGUCAUCAGAAAAUUCAUACUGGUGAGAAAUCCUAUAAAUGCAGUAUGUGUAAUAAGAGUUUUAUGUACAGAGUGUCACUGUUAAGUCACCAGAGCAUUCACACCGGGCAGAAACUAUAUCAAUGCACCAUGUGUGACAAGAGCUUUGGAUACAGGAGUACCAUGGUAGCACAUGAAAAGGUCCACACUGGACAGAAACCCUAUAAAUGCCCAGUGUGUGACAGGAGUUUUACAUGGAGGAGUCACAUGACAAUGCAUAUGUAUAUCCAUGGUGGGCAAAAACCCUAUAAAUGCACAGUGUGUGACAAGGGUUUUACACAGAGGAAUGAAAUGACAAGACAUAUGUAUACCCAUGGUGGGCAAAAACCCUAUAAAUGCACAGUGUGUGACAAGAGUUUUACACGAAGGACUCAAAUGACAAGACAUAUGUAUAUCCAUGGUGGCCAAAAACCCUAUAAAUGCCCAGUGUGUGACAGGAGUUUUACAGAGAGGAAUCAGAUGACAGCACAUAUGUAUAUCCAUGGUGGGCAAAAACCCCAUAAAUGUCCAGUGUGUGGCAAGAGUUUUACACAGAGGAAUGAAAUGAGAAGACAUAUGUAUGUCCAUGGUGGGCAAAAACCCUAUAAAUGCACAGUGUGCAACAAGAGUUUUACAAGAAGGAAUGAAAUGACAAGACAUAUGUAUGUCCAUGGUGGGCAAAAACCCUAUAAAUGCACAGUGUGUGACAAAGGUUUUACACGGAAAAGUCGAAUGAUAAAUCAUCAGUGUAUACAUAAUGAGCCAGCACCCUAUAAAUGUGCCACAUGUGACAAGAGUUUUACAGAUAAGAGAAGCCUGGCAGUGCAUCAAAGAAUCCACAGUUGGUAGUGUACAUGCACUAUAUGUGGCAAAGGUAAGUCUGACAGUGCAUCAAAGUAUCCACAGUCGGUAGUGUACAUGCACCACAUGUGGCAAAGGUUUCAUAAGAAAUAAGUUUGACAGUGCAUCAGAGUAUCCACAGCCGGUAGUGUGCAUGCACCAUAUGUGGCAAAGGAAAGUCUGACAGUGCAUCAAAGUAUCCACAGUCAGUAGUGUACAUGCACCAUAUGUGGCAAAGGUUUUAUAAGAAGUAAAUCUGACAGUGCAUCAAAGUAUUUACACUGGAGAAAAUUCAAAUGUACAGGAUAUAAAAUGGGAUGAAGCAAUGGCCAGAGAGAUAGAAGGAAAAAGUUAAGAAAAGCCUCUAAUUGGAAAGCCCCAAUCCCAGAUGCAGUACACCUAACUUCUGGCUAAAAAUAUUAACAUCAUUGCAUAAAGAUUGAGCCAUGAGUAAGAAAUGUUUAUAUGCACACCCCGAACAGACACCAGUCUGGCUAACAACAGGAAAAACA